AUGGACGUUAGUGCUAAAAAAGGGUCAUCGUGGUCUGUCUCUGUGUCGGUGCCUUCAAUCACUCAUCAGCAGCAGUACUCCAAUCUGGAACGCUUUCUUCAAUGUGCAACUCCAACUCCUCCUUCUAAAUUCCUUCCUCAGAGCUGCAUGCAUGAUCUAAAUAGCUUAUGGCAACCACCUGGGACUAAGGAUAUAGUUGAAUAUUUCACUUUGGGAGAUUUAUGGGAUUGCUACGAUGAAUGGAGUGCAUAUGGUGCUGGCACCCAAGUAGUCUUGAGCAGCGGCGACACCAUUAUGCAAUAUUACGUCCCUUACUUGUCAGCCAUUCAGAUUUACAGCAACAAGUCAGUGGUGGCUUCCAGGAACUCAAAAGAGUAUAAUGAUGUGGUCGAAUUUGAAACUGAUUCUUGGAGCGAUGGCAGCAUGAGUGAUAAACUGUCGAGGUCUCUAAGCAACAAUUCCAGCAAGACAUGGGAUACCAUUUCUGAGGAUUCAAGCUUUGACCAUGAGGGUUCUUUGUCAACGAGGGAUAAGCUUGGCUAUCUGUACUUUCAGUACUUCGAGAUAUCUUCUCCUUAUUGGAGGGUUCCGCUUUUUGAAAAGAUAACUGAAUUAGCCAGGAAUAAUCCGGGAUUAAUGACACUUAAGAAUGUGGAUCUUUCACCGGCAAGUUGGAUGGCUGUUGCUUGGUACCCCAUAUAUCACAUUCCAUCUCAGGGAAAUGAGAAGGACCUGUCAACUAGCUUCUUGACUUAUCAUACGCUGUCAUCGUCUUUCCAAGAUUGCGUCAACGAGGAUAGUGACAUUGAAGCAGACGGGACAGUAAGUAAACCAAAAGGAGAAGGAAAUGGCGGUAUUUCCCUUCCUCCCUUUGGUCUGGCCACAUACAAAAUGCAAGGGGAUCUUUGGAUAAAUCCAGAGACAUCCGAUGACGAAAAAAUGGUCUAUCUCGAAAGUGCUGCUGAUUCCUGGUUGAAGCAGCUAAAUGUCCACCACCAUGAUUAUAGCUUUUUUACCAGCUGCCACUGCAACAUGUAA